UCAGAUUUUCGUUAGAAAAAGAAAGGGUUGGUUUGCGAAGCCAGUGCGGUUGUGAAUGAUUCGGACUUCAGAUUUAGUUGUGGCAGAGGAAAAUUAAAAAAAAAUAUGAAAGGAACUAAGACGUUGUUGUCAUACAUAUUAUUUAUUAUUGGCUUGCAAUGGAAGUCCGUCUAUGCAUUGCCUGGAACUUGUGAUCAAGGAGAAUUUUUGUGUCAUAACAAAAACUGUAUCGUAAGUUCGUGGACCUGUGACGGAGAAGAUGACUGUGGAGAUAAAAGCGACGAGCUGAAUUGUGAUGGAAAAAAGCAUCGUAAAUGUGACCAAUCCACUAAUUUUCAAUGCAAAAAUAGUAAAUGUGUGCCACUGUCCUGGACUUGCGACUAUGCUGAUGAUUGUGGGGAUGGAAGUGAUGAAUCUUCUGUUGACGGCCCGCUUUGUGUUAAGUCCAAUGAAUGCGCACGAGAUGAUUUUAAAUGCAAAGUCACUGGCAGAUGUAUUCUUAAGACGUUUGUGUGUGAUGGUGACCACAACUGUGGAAAGAAUGACACUUCUGACGAGAGUGAUUGCAAGAAACGUACAUGCAAUGCUGAUGAAAUGAGGUGUGAUAAUGGAAGAUGUAUAUCUAAAGACUGGGUGUGUGAUAAAAAUGAUGACUGCUUAGAUGCAAGUGAUGAGAAGAACUGCAGUACUGCAAGUUGUCCUGCAAAUAAAUUUAAGUGCAUUCGAAGUGGUCAUUGUAUUGCAGCUGAAUAUAGAUGUGAUGGUGGAACAGAUUGCCUUGACGGAUCUGAUGAAAAAGAUUGUGUCACAACUACCACAGCAGCACCUACCACCACGACUAAAAUUCUGAAAAGUUCCAAAAAACAAACAACUAAAAAAAUAUAUACAAAGUACGAAACAACCACUACCACUACGAAAGCGCCAUGCAAAAUUUAUGAGUUCACUUGUAGCUCAACAAAAAAAUGCAUACAUAAUACAUGGCUCUGUGAUGGAGAAUUAGAUUGUGACAAUGGCGAAGAUGAGUUAAAAGAGGUUUGCCAGGUCAACACUUGCAAUAAAAAUGAAUAUAGAUGUUCAAAUGGACAAUGUAUCGACAGUGUUUUUCACUGUGAUGGAAAAAGUGAUUGCCAUGAUGGAUCUGAUGAGAAGAAUUGCUCUGAUAUUAUUAUACCAUGUACUAAAGAAACAUACCACUGUAAGAACAGUUCGAAAUGCAUCGACAGUACUUUAUUGUGUAAUAAAAAAGCAGAUUGUCCCAUGAAAGAUGAUGAAUCAGAUGCUUGUGGUGUGAAUGAAUGUGCGAAGAAUAAAGGUGGUUGCAGCCAUAUAUGUAAAGACUUAGCUAUUGGUCACGAGUGCAAAUGUAAUCGGGGUUAUGCAUUAGGAAGAGAUAAUAAAACUUGCAUCGAUGUGAAUGAAUGUCUCAUACCUGGCACCUGCAGUCAAGUUUGCGUAAAUUAUAAAGGCUCCUUUGCGUGUGAGUGUGAUAAAGGCUAUGUUUUGGAUCCUGUUGACAAAAAAACAUGCAGAGCUAAAGCACCCAUUCCCUAUCUGGUUUUUUCUAAUCGGUUUGAUAUUCGCCAAAUCUCAACCAACGGCCAUGACUACAAAGCUAUCAUAACAGAUGCUAGAAGUGCUGUUGCAGUUGCAUUGGACGUUGACAAAGGGAUGGUUUAUUGGGCAGAUAAUGUAAACAAGACAAUUUGUCGUACGGCCAAAAAUGGCGAUGGAAAAGUUGAAGUUUUAGUUGAUACUGGAAUUGAUAAGCCAGAAGGUUUGGCCAUUGAUUGGAUUGCUAAGAAGUUAUAUUGGAGCGAUUCUCUAUAUAACCGUAUCAGUGUCUCAAACCUCGAUGGUUCACACGUGAAGGUGCUGAUAAACUCUACAAGUGAUCAGCAACUGCGCGCACUGGCAGUAUAUCCUGAGAAAGGACUUAUUUACUGGACUGACUGGGGAAAAUCACCUAAAAUCGAAAGAGCUAACUUAGAUGGAACUGAUCGCAAGACUAUAGUUACGUUGUCACAUGUCACCUGGCCGUCUGGAAUUACCAUUGACCACACCCUGAACCGGUUAUAUUGGACAGAUUUGAAGAGAAGACACAUCUGUUCGAGUGCUAUUGAUGGGAGUGAUAUAAAAGUCAUCGUGAAACAUUUGAGCAGCCCUUUUGGAUUAACCGUAUUUGAAGAUCAUGUGUACUGGACGGAUUAUAGUGAACAAAAAUUGUUCAAAGCUAACAAAUUCACUGGAAGACAAUUGACGCAAUUUAAAGAAAGCUUUUUUGCACCGAUGGAUAUCAAUGUGUAUCAUCCACUCGUCCAAAAACAAGUUUCUCAUCCGUGUCAAGUAAACAACGGCGGAUGCACUCAUCUUUGCUUUAUCAGUGCAUCAUCGAAAUACUCCUGUGAUUGUCCAGAUCUCUUGACGCUUGAUAAAGACGGUAAAACAUGCGUAAAAACUGGUACUGUUCCGACGAUUUCGCCAUCCAAAAAACCAGUUAAAUGCACCACGGAGCAAUACACGUGCAAGUCGACACAAAUGUGUAUUUCCAGAUCAUCCCUUUGUGAUGGGAAACCGGACUGUCCCGAGCACGAAGACGAAAAAUUUUGUGGGAAAGGAAUUAAUCCAACUGUAAUUAAUCCCCCCGAACAAAAUCGCAAAAGUUCCGCCGUAACUUAUACAGUUGGAACACUUGUUGUUAUUAUUCUCAUUGCUGUAGUAAUAGGUGUCAUUCUGCUGUGCAGGAAACGAAGAAACCGUUUCGAUUUAAAAAUGACUUAUGAAACAAAGACAGAAAUAAUUAGCAGCAAAGACGGCGACGACAAAGCAAACGUCGAAGUAAAAUACGUUACGAACACUCCUCGUAAUCAAACUAGAAAAAAUAGUCAUAAAAAUUUUGACAACGUGAACUAUAAGGACGAGUCUAAGAUGCCGUUACAAAUGUCUGAAAUGGAUGGUGAUACAAUAGACGAUCAGUGUUCGGACAAUUCGUCAGCAGAUGUUUGUUUCGACGACACGAAACCUAUCAUAGCGCACAUGGUGUAAUCAUACGUCUUUUAGGCAUAUUCCUGUGUGCGACUGCAAACCCAACUAUUGUUGGGUUUUAAAAAAGAAGUUAGCGCUUGCGCAAAGCACAAUCUUCUGUUACAUUGUGUUGUUCCCGGUUUUUUUGGUUUACGGCUUGAAAAGCUGUACCUGGAAAAAAGAGUCAUAGCACGUGUUUAUUUGUCCCACAUACGAAAUAUAUUUAUUUUCUGAAAUUAUCACAAAAAAUAUUUAUGCUAGCUGUCAUAUUAAAAUUUAUUUUGUUAUUAUCACUUUUUAUUUAAAAAAAACUGCUCCUUGAACCAACUUUUCCACUUGUAGAUAUUUUUAGUAUUCUUUUUGCAUGCGUUGCGUUUUCUUCGUUUGAAAUUUGUUCCUGCUUCACUUUGUUUCCUGUUUCGGCUGAGCCUAAAGUUUUAUAUGGAUUAUGUAAAUAAGAAUUAUUUUGUAUAUACCUAUUUCUCAGCCCAUCAGAAACGUUCUUGUUGUAUCUUCUUGAUUCGAUCUUCAGACAAUCUUGUUGAAUCGGUCUCCGUCAAAAACGUCUUGUUGAUAUUACUGCCUUGGUUUAUUUUGGUGUCAUGCUACAUGACUUAUCUUAGGAAGAAUAUUUCUUUUUUUAAUAAAAAAUUUAGUUGAUUCUUUCAAUUUUGAAAUCGGAAAUAAAAUGGUUAAAAUUCUU